AUGUAUUCCACGAACAAGAACGCGCCGCUCAAGCUCUUUGGUCUUCCUCACGGAUUCGUUCCUACCCGAGCCGAAUCGUUGAUUAUUUUUCUGCUAUGGGUAUACAUGAUUUUAGGGAGCAGUAUUGGGUUCCAUCAUGUUAGCGGUAAUCCUAUCUGGAGUAAGACCCUGACUGAAAUAGGACGACUCGUUGCUGAUCGAACGGGUGUGUUGGCACUCUUUGCGUAUCCUACGUUGAUCUUGUUUGCGUCAAGAAACAACAUCUUGAUGUUUUUAACCCGGUGGGAUUACACCAGAUUCAAUACCUUCCACAGACACAUGGCCCGUAUCUUUCUUGCAUUGGUUAUUGCCCACGGUAUUUCCCAGACCUUUGGCACGUAUGGAGUUCGAUCGAACAAGUACAUGACCGGACUACAAGCGGGCUACUUCACGUGGGGUGUUAUUGCGGCAAUUGUUGUAGGGGCAAUCAUAGGCCAAUCUAUACUUGUCGUGAGAAGAAACUUCUAUGAGGCCUUCAUGCUAGUUCACAUUGUGCUUGCAAUUGCCGUUUUGAUUUGUGUCCAUUACCACAUCAACUCCUUUGGUUAUCAGGGGUUUACCUGGGCCAUCAUUGGUGUUUGGGGGUUGGACAGGGUGAUCAGAUUGAUUCGUAUGUUCAGCUUUGGCAUAAAGGAAGCGAGCGUUACAUUGGUUGCCGGCGAAACCUUGAAGGUAACGGUA